GGAGUGUUAAUAUUGCUAAUGCCCAAGUGGUUACCUCCAGAGUUCAUUGGGCAUUGUGUGGCCAAAUAAAAGGGUCAUAUUUGCAAUCCACAGGUGAUGGAUCUGCCUAGAUUCUGCAUGUGAUUCAAUCAUUGACAUACAGGCUGACUUGGCCCCCACAUGGUGACGUCUCCAAAUAAGUGGGUCUUCUCCUGUAGUACCAGCUUAAUAUUGAGCAUCUGGCAACCACUCAGAAAUUACCUAUAUCAUCCAGCCAGACCAUAUCUGUAAAUCUUGUUUUAGUGGUGCAGAAACCCAGCUCUGAGUAUUAUCAGGAGAGUUUUUCUGUUUCCCCUAGUAUAUAGCUUCUGAGGCAAGAUCUCACUGUACCUUGAAGGGGCACUGUCUGUUUUAGGGUUAACAAAUCUAAAAUGUUUAGCCCUGAAUGAGAUGUAUUUUGUCCAUGCCCAUAAAGCAGCAUUUUUUGCAGUUGAUGUGACAUUGGAAGUGGAAACUUUGUAUCAAGCUGUACCACAUAAAUGCUUUGUAUUAUUGUCCUGGGGCCAUUCCUACACUGGGCAUCUCGUUGCAAGGCUAUAUCUCUGUAUCAGGCAUCAGCUUCCUCUUCAAUGGCAUCAGCCUCAUCCCACAGGGAGGUCAUUUCAUUGCACGUGGGGCAGGCAGGCGUGCAGAUUGGCAAUGCAUGCUGGGAGCUUUACUGCCUGGAACAUGGGAUCCAACCAGACGGGCGAUUAAUCAGUGAUGAAAUCAUCAGCAAAGGGAAUGAAUCUUUCAGCACCUUCUUCAGUGAGACCAGUGGGGGGAAAUAUGUACCCCACGCAGUAUUUGUGGAUCUGGAGCCAACUGUCAUAGAUGAGGUAAGGAAAGGGGCUUACCAAAAACUGUUCCACCCUGAGCAACUCAUAACAGGCAUGGAAGACGCUGCCAAUAACUACGCACGUGGUCGUUACACUAUUGGGAGGGAGAUUGUUGACCUUGUGCUGGAAAGAAUCCGCAAGAUGGUAGAUCAAUGCACAGCAUUGCAAGGUUUCCUCAUCUUCCACAGUUUCGGGGGUGGCACUGGCUCUGGAUUCACCUCCCUGCUAAUGGAAUGUCUCUCUGCUGACUAUGGAAGAAAGUCCAAGCUGGAAUUUUCCAUCUAUCCAUCUCCAAAAAUGUCUACAGCUGUGGUAGAGCCCUAUAAUUCUGUUCUUACCACCCAUGCAACCCUGGAUCAUUCUGAAUGUGCCUUCCUGGUAGACAAUGAAGCCAUUUAUGACAUAUGUCAAAGGAACCUGGACAUUGAACGUCCAACUCACACAAACCUGAACCGUCUGAUUGGCCAGAUUGUGUCAUCAAUCACAGCUUCCCUCAGAUUUGAUGGAGCUCUGAAUGUGGACCUGGCAGAAUUCCGAACUAAUUUGGUGCCUUUCCCUCGUAUCCAUUUCCCUGUGGUUUCCUAUGCUCCGGUUAUCUCUGCUGAGAGAGCUUACCAUGAGAAGCUUUCCAUAGCCGAGAUAACAAGUGCUUGCUUUGAGCCUGCCAACCAGAUGGUAAAAUGUAACCCCCAUAAUGGUAAAUACAUGGCUUGUUGUCUGCUCUACCGUGGUGAUGUGGUGCCCAAAGAUGUCAAUGUUGCCAUUGCAAGCAUUAAAUCCAGACGCACCAUCCAGUUUGUGGACUGGUGUCCAACUGGUUUUAAGGUUGGUAUCAAUUACCAGCCACCAACUGUGGUUCCUGGUGGGGAUCUGGCCAAGGUGCAGCGUGCUGUGUGCAUGAUGAGCAACACCACUGCCAUUGCUGAGGCCUGGGCUCGUCUGGAUCACAAGUUUGAUCUCAUGUAUGCCAAGCGUGCCUUUGUGCACUGGUAUGUAGGGGAGGGAAUGGAGGAAGGGGAGUUCUCUGAGGCCCGUGAGGAUAUGGCUGCCCUGGAGAAGGAUUAUGAUGAAAUUGCUAGUGAAUAUGUGGAGGAGGAUGGAGAAGAAAUCUAAUUUAGUAAUUACAAUGCAAUAAUAUUCAUACUGUAGUUUGUGGCUAACAACCCUGAUUUAUGUUCUUUUCUUGUUGUAUUAGACAUGGCAUGGGGGUAAAGUUAGUUUUCCUACCUACAAGAAAUUACAUAUUUGCAAUAUACAUAAUUUUUUUUUAGCUUUCAAGAUAUUAUUUGUUUUUUGCUGUGUAUUUCAACUGACUGGAAACAGUCUGGACUGGAAGACAAUCAUUUCAACAUUAAGUUACUAACAAAAAGAAGGUCUUGUGAUGUCGUAGUGCUUAAAACUGACCAGUACUGCACCAAGUGACUCUUCUCUAAUGUUGAAAAUUAAAAAAAAUUUAAAGCAGAUAUUUAUUAUACGAGUAAAAAUUGUAUAGACCUUGGGGAAAACAAAGCACUGUACCACCAUCUUGCCUACCUUUCCCAGGUGUCGACUUGCACAUGCAAAGUAAACUUUAUAGAUUCUGCACCAGGAUAUCUGGCGGUGCAACAUAUUGCCAUCCUAGUGAAUCAGGGUUUCCUAGACCUCUGUGGACAGGCAGCCUGUUGCUGAACAAAGUCAUGACCCACAAUAAGUAAAAUACAAUAGGUUCAGUUUGACUGAAUUAGAACCAAUAAUGGCUGACUUGGCAUAUAAUAAAGUGUGGAACUGAAAGGCAAUACUAAUCAAUUUCAGGAUGUGCAGUGUAUGUAUGUUAAAGGAACAGUAACACCAAAAACUGAAAGUGUUUUAAAGUAAUGAAAAUAUCAUGUAGUGUUGCCCUGUGCUGGUAAAACUGAUGUGUUUGUUUCAGAAACACUACUAUAGUCCAUAUAAACAAGCUGCUGAGUAGCAAUGGCGGAAAUUGAAAAACGGCUAUAUGGCACAGGAUAAAUAAUGGAUAACAGAUAAAAUUAUGUUCUACAGAGCUUAUCUGCUAUCUGCUGUGUAACCUGAGCCUUUUCUCCUUUGAAUGGCUGCCCCCAUGGCUACACAGCAGCUUAUUUAUAUAAACAAUAGUAAGUAUUCUGAAGCAAACACACCAGUUUUACUAGUGCAGGCCAACACUACAUUAUAUUUUUAUUACUUUAAAACAAUUUCAUUUUUUGAUGUUACAGGUCCUUUAAAAGCAUUAACAAUAUAUAUUCCUGUCCUGUUGACUUGAAAUAAUAAACAUUUUCUGUGAAUGUCUACAUUUUUUAUGGGGGCAAAAAGAA